CCGCCAGCGGGGGGCGGGGCUUCCGCCGCGGGGCGGAGCUGCAGCUCACGGGGCGGGCGGUGCCGCCGGGUGGGCCCGGCCAUGGAGCUGAGCGCAACGGCCUCGUACCGGGCGGCGGUGCCUCCUCGGGCUGCGUGCGUGUACAGCAGCUGCUACUGCGAGGAGAACGUGUGGAAGCUCUGCGAGUACAUCAGGAGUCAGGAUCGGCACCCUGUGGAGGAUUUCUAUGCUGUUUUCAUAUCCAACGACAGGAGGAUGGUGAGCGGGUUGCGGUCUGAAUGUGCUGGAGGCUGUGAAGCCCUGUCUGGCUGCUCCCCCUCACCCUCACACCACAGCCUUUCAAACACUGCCCAGCACAGGGAUGUGCCCCCUGGCAUUUCAACCCCUGCCUGGCCUGGGAGGACACGGCCCUGCAGCCCUCCAGUAUCACAAUCCUCCGGGGUCAGGUGUGUUUAGGCCUCCGACUGCGAGAUGUGGUU